UAAUACUUAACAAUAUUGAGAUCAAAAUAAUACGAGCUUCUCAGUUUGUAUUGUACGUGUUGUAAUUAUUUCAUUAUGUUUUAAUUUAUCCUAUUAUAAAUAAUUAUUUUUUUGUUUUCAAACUGAAUUUUUUUUUCGGCUGAGUAGCAUUUAUAACAAAACAUGGAUUACAAUAAGAUUGAUGAUGAUGAUGUUGAAUCACUACGUUUAGCUGCUCUUAUGUCAUGUAAAAGAAAACCUACUAAUUUAAUUAAUACAAUUAGUAGUACAUCAGGAGAUAUAGGACAAAAUAAAUUUGGAAAUAAUAGUUCCUAUAGUAAUUAUGGAAAUAGAAAUACUAGAGGUAGAUUUCCACCAUCAAACAGAUCAUUUAAACGCACAUAUGCAAAUGUUGGCUUUAAAAGACCUACACAUUCAAAUAAUAAUUUGAUUUCCAUUAUUCCAAUUGACUCUGAAGGGGAUCAGCUAUCAGAAAAUUCUAAAUCUCAAAUCGAAGUUAACAAUAAAGCAUCUUCAAAAGAUUCUUUAAGUAUAAAUUCUGGAGAUAAAAUUAAUAAUGAAAACAUUGAAGUUUCUACUAAAUUUAGUAGAUUAGAAAAUGAUUCUGGUUCUGAAGAAAGCACUGAUGAAAGUGAUGCAGAUAAAGAAGAAAAAGUAGAUUCUGAUGACGGGGAUGUUUUAUUAUUAGGUCAAGAAGAUGAAGACUUAGAUGAUCUGGAUAAAUUAAUGGAUAUCAUGGAAGCUGAAAUUGCUGGAAAAGAUAUUAAACAAAAGAAGGAAAAAAAAAAUUUAAAACAAUGCAAUAAAGUAAAGAAAGACAAACCAAGUGUAUCCAAGAUUAAAGUUAAAAAUAUUAAAUGUGAAAGUCAACCAAAUUUUAAGGAUGAUUUGAAAAUUCUACCAAAACAGACAGAAGAAUUAGAAUCAAUUAAAACUGUUGAAGAAGUUAGAAAUUCAUCAUCAUUCAGUGGUUUACCAAAACUGCAUAUUCAUCCAAGAACCCCGUCACCAAUUAGAAAGAGAUCUAUUUCUCCAUAUAGACAACUCCGUAAAAGAUCAUUAACACCAAGAUCUCCACGUAGAAGAUCUCCUACACCAGAUAGAUAUAGAUAUUCACCUAUAAGAUCUAGGACUUUUCGAAGAUCUUUAACACCUAGGAGAUCACCUAGAAGAAUAUCGCCUUUAAGAGAAAAAAAUCUUUCUCCUAGAAGAUAUACACCACCUAAAUCUCGUUAUCCUUACCGUUCACCAUCUCCAAGGAGAAGACGUAGAUCAAUAUCACGUGAUAUAUCACCAGGUAGAAGACGAUUAUCACCAAUUAGAAGAAGAAGUAGAUCACCUCUUCGAUCAAAAUCAAGAUCCCCUAAAUGUAGAAUACCAAUUAGAAGACGUUCACCUAGCCCAUUGAAAAAAAUAAGAUGUGCAUCGCCUUUGUUACGUCGAAAAGACACAAAAAUUUUAGAUGACAAUAAUAUAACUGUUAAAGAAAAGCCAAAAUCAAUAGAUAAAGAAAUUGAUAAUAAAAUACUGGAUCCUGUGUUAGAAGCUAGAAAAAGAAAAUUUGAAUCCAAUAAGCCUAUUGAACUUACUAGUAAAAAAAUUAUUUUGAAAAAAUCCAAUUCUGUACAAGUUGCUAUUCAAACUGAUAACGAAGAUGAAAUUGAAACAGAUGUUUCAAACAAAAUUUCUCUAACAUCUAAAAGAGCUAAAUUAUCUCCUCACUUAAAUCAAAACGUUAAAAAUUGUAUAAAAACUAAAAAUAAUACAAAGUCUGUAGAUAAAAUUGUGAAAUUGAUAACACAAUCGGAAAAAACCAAUAAAAAAAGACCUAGAAUCAUGUUUGGACAAGAAAUUGCUGCUGAUCAACAAAUUGAAGAAAAAGAUAUAUUAGAAUUAUCUAGUACAUCAGAAGAGCUUAUGGAAGAAGAAAAAGAUGAAGAAGUCGUAUCAGAAGAAAAUGAUUAUGAUGAAGAAAGUGAAAAAGAAGAAGGACAAGAAUCAAGUGAAAGUUAUGUGGAUGAUUCAGAAGAAGAUAUUGAUAAUCAUGUUGUACAUACAUUUGUUGAAGAGAAAAAAGAUUCUCUUAAAUGUGAUGAAACUGUAGAUUUAAGAACAGAAUUAAAACGUAGAAGAGCUCUUCGUUUAAAUACAGUACAAAUAAAAAAAAAAUCUGGUACUUUUUAUCCAGCUCGUUUAUUGCAGUCUGCUAUUAGAGGUGUUGUUGGUACAAGUGGUUCUAUUGAAGUCAAGAGAAAAAUACAUGGUGAAUUACCUGAAAUAAGCAUUAAAACAGAAGGAAAUUCAGAUGGACGUAGAGUAGUUGUUGUAAAUAGAGACAAAAAUAGAUCAGAAGUAGAUGUCAAUCUCCUUGAAAAAAACCUUGAGGAUAAAGAAGAGUCAUAUGAAAGUGUUAAAAAAUUGAAGGGUAAAUUGAAAAAAGUUCCAUCUCGACUAAGGACGAUUGGAAUUACUGAAAAUUUAACAAUUCAUAAAGGAUUAAGGAAAAUGAAAAAAAGAAACAUAAGUGUUACAGAUUUUAAUCAGGUAUUUUUUGUCCUAAUCAAAUGCAUCUUUUCUUCUAUGGUUUAGCUGUUUCGUCUUUAUAAUUAAUUUAUAUUUUGUAUGAUUUUUAAGAAUGAAAAAUUUUUAUUGAUAAUGUAACUGUAAUUUCAAUAACUAAAAUACAACUCAUAAAAUUAAACAUUAUCAUAGAUUAAAUCAUAUGGUAUUAGUAGUAAUAACUCAUAGUAAUUUUGUGUAGGAAAUGAUACUUAAUUUAAUUUCAAUUGUUAAUUGAUUUUAUACAAAUAAUUCUAUUUGUACUAAAACUCAAAACUAUUAAAUAAAAUGAAUAAAGAAUUAUUUUUAAAUUGAUAAAAAAUUUUCCUAUAAUACUUCAAUAUUUUAGUUAUAUUAUUAUAAUUUUCAUAAGUUGUAAUUCAUUUUCAGUAUUCAUAUCACAAUAUUUUAGUAAAUGCAAUUCUCUAUCAUACAAUUAUUUUUAUAAAUAAUGAGAAUAUUUAAAACAAAUUAAAGAUGAAAAAAUAUUUUUUAUUUAUAAGUCCAUCUUCAUAAUAAAUCUUAUUGAAAACUUUUUGUAUAUUAAUCAGUAUUAAUCAUAAAAAGUUAAAUCUUAGGAUUGCAGAUUUGCAUUUUGAAUUUGUGUUAAACAAAUUUUAGGCAUUUUGGUUGUUUGGUUAGGUUGUAACUUAUGACCAAUUAGAUGAAAUUUGAAAAGGGUAAACAUACAUAUUUUGUUGUUAAUUCAAUUCAAAAUUUAUCAAAAUAAAUUCAGCACAUUAAAAAUAUGAUAAUUAUGUUAGUUACUUUAUUUAUAAAUUUAUUUGUUUAACUAACUCAAUUAUUAAUAAAAAAGUUUACAUAGUUUUAAGAACUUUUUAACAUUUUUUACUUUAAAUACAUAUGUUCCAAAAGGAAUAUCUUUUUUAUUAGUUAUACAAGUAUGUUAUAAUUAUGUUAAAAGACUCAAUAUAUUUAUAUUUGGAAAUCAAAUGUUGUGUUCUUAGAUAAUUUAACAUAUCUUGAUUGUAAUCAAUAUAUCAAAAUGAAAAAUUAUUGAUAAACUGGCGAUAUAGAGACUAAUAUCUUCUGUAUUUUUAUUUAUGAUGUUUAAAAUUUUGUUGAUAUUUUGGUUUGUUAUUUUUAUUUUAAAUAUUUAUUAAAAUAUAAAAAUGAUAACUAGGUAUUAAAUUGUUAAUUUACAAACAUUUAUUUCAUAUGAUAUUUAAUAGGGGACAUUGUUGUUAUUACCAUUUACAUGAAAUACCAUCAGUUAAGCAUGCUUUUGUAGUUAAAUAUUUACAGAAAAUUUAUUUAUUUAUUCUACAAAUAACACUUAAUGUUGGAAUUAGUAUUUUUUUUUCUAUAUUGUUCCUGUUUGUAAAAAUAAGUUCCUAGUUAUAACUUAUUAUAUUUAAUUACUUUUAAAGAUGAAUAUUUGUGAUAGUUAUUGAGUUUUUAUUUUAUAUGUAUUUUUUUUUUUGUUAUAUAAAAUAACGGAGUGAAUGCUACAAAAAAAUUUAAAUUAUAAUUAUUACAAUUAGUUUUUAUUAUUGAUUGAACCUUAACAAUUAAAAAUAAUUUUGAUUAAAUAAUUUGUUUAUUUUUAUCCUAAAUGUCUAAUUUCAUUACUAAUUUUUUUUUUUUAAUCUAGCUCAAUUAAUAAUUAUUAUAUUUUAUCCUAAGAAAUCAAUAUUCAAAGUGUAAUGCAAUUCUUUGUUUAAAUUUUUUUUAAUAUUUUGGAUGGAACCCAAUCCAAAAUAUGUUAACUUUUUUUUGUGUUGAAUAUAGGAACAGUUUAAUCUUAUUGGUAGUUGGGGUUUACAGUAGUUUACACAUAAUGAAAAUAAACGAACUUUUUCUGAUGUUCUCAAUCAAUUUUUAAAAACUCUUUGUCAUUUUGUAAUAUAUUAUUAUGAAAAAAAAUGUAUUAUUGUAUACUAAAAUAAAGUUUUGAAAAAUUGUUAUAUCAUGUAUCAAAUUAAUUAAUCUAUAUAUAAUUUUAAAAUGUGUAAUGUCCAUUUAAAAAAUAAUACUUUUCUCUCUAUUAUUUAUUUAUUUUUUUUUUUUUUGUGUCAACAUUUUUUAAUUAUUGUAUAAAAGUUUUGAAAAAGAUACUGUUUUUAAUGAAAUAUUAGUAUUUUGUAUUUUAAAAUAAUUGUCCAAAACCAUAGUAUCUUUUAUAUUAAAGAUUUCAUUUAGAAUUUCCAGGUUCCCUUUAAUUUCAAGCAACAUUACAACUUAACUAAACAAAGUAAUUAAUUAUUAAUAUUUAAAUUAAAUUAAUCUAAUCUUAAUUAAAUAUUUUUUUCAAAACGACUUAUGAUCAAUAUUUUUUUGAAAUGGGCAAUGCACUUAAAAACAAUACCAUGUAAUUUUUAUAGUGUUAUUUCAGUUUUAUUCACUCCGUUUUGUACCUGAUCAAGCAUUUGUAUUCUAGAAUUGUAUUUUAUCAAAAUGUGAAAUAAUUUUAACCUUUAUGUGCAUUUUAUAUUUUGUCACAGAUGUAGGUUUCAAAGUGAUUUUCCACGGCAAGAGCAGUAGUUACAAUUAAAAUUAUGAACACAUAAACAUUCAACUUGGAUAAUCAUCAAAUAAG